AUGUCCGUCGACAAUACAUCCUCGAAACACUGGCAUUCACCUGAUUCUGAGUCCGAGGGGAACACUUUAGAUACUGAAAGCGAUGCUGUUGUCCAGAAGACGCCCGCGAAACGUCGAAAGCCAGCUACCGAGGGCUCGGAGGGCUCGCCGAAGUCCAGAACCUGCGUGUCGCCUUCCUCGGCGCAGGGGUCGCCCAAGAUCACUAAGAAGGCUUUAGCUGAAGCAGAGAAAGCUAAGAAGAACCACCAGAAAGAGUCCCUGGGAAGCAUGAAGAUCGGAUGGAAGGUCGUGCAGUAUACUGAUGCGAAAAACCACUUUCGGUUUUCUGACCAAGAGAUGGGAACGCUACCGUACGUAACGUUUGAGAAUCAGAACAAUCCGAGCCGCCCGGGAAAGUCAUACAAUAAAUUAGAUCUAUUGAGGCUUGCGUACCGUAAAGAGGCUGCGCUCAAUGGUGUCGAAGGUGCCCUUGAUGGAGUGCCUAACGACAGUAUGUUGAAGGAGGGCCAACGUUUGUUCGAUGCAAGGAUGGAUGAUCUUGAUAGCAAGUACAAGAAGAACCAUGGCGGUAAAUCGAGGCCCGUGCUCAGAACGUUUUCUAUCAUUCAACGAAGGUCGUAUUCCCCCGAACCAAUACGGCCAUUUGGCGCAUGGUGGGAGCGCGUAUGGGAAGACGGUAGAAUGAUUGGCUGGUGGCUGGUUUAUCACUUCGAUCCUGAAGCUGAAUGUGGUGGGGGGAAUGAUGACGACGGAGAUUAUUAUCGCAGCCUUGAUAAGAGGUUCUGGCCUGUUGAGAAGGGAUGUCCCAGCUGGUAAGGAACUCCUCUGGAACGGUGAAACUCGACGCCUCAAGUUGGCUAAUUUAUAAUUACAGAUUUGAGCCAAGGUUACGGUUUGAUAAUAAUACAUAAUAAAGUAUCGGCAAAAAUUCAGCUUGAAGUAAAGCAAGUCGUGUGCAGGGUAAAGCGGUUUCAAAUUGGCAGGAACGGUAGCCUUGAGUUUUUCAAUGAUCGACUUAUGAAGAUCCGAGAAUACGGAGCGGUAGUGUGGGGUGGCGGAUGGUCUUCUUGCGGUUUUU